AUGUCAUAUACUAGUCUCGAGGAAGCAUGCUUAAUGCGCCAUUUUGCCGAAAACCUGUCAUUUUGGUUCGACACAUGUGAUCGUGAUCGCCAUUUCCAGUUGAAUGUCCCAGAAAGAGCACUGUUUUGCCCCGUUUUGCGAUUCGCCGUAUAUACUGCUUCCGCUGGCCAUUUGACGCGAUUAGCGGCUUGUCGAAACAAUACUGACUGUAUAGUCUUUGAGGGUAUUAGGCUUCCUGGGCUUACAGCAGACUCUGCUGUGCGAUAUCAUGAUACUUGCAUCUCAUAUCUCAUCCAACUAUCAAAUGACCCGAGUGAGCAGUACAAUGAGGAUGUCCUUACAGCUGCCACCAUCUUGAGGUUUUAUGAGCAAAUCGAUGCACCAUCCUUGGGGAUCGACUCUGAAGCUUAUCUCAACACUGUUCAGUUCAUUGUCAACACUCAGCACAAUGACUCAUUCUAUGCCUACAGCUCUAUUCAAGGACCUCCUAGGGAUCAUGACCUCCAAGUUAUUCCCUCGGCAUCCUUGCGCCAUUCAGCCUGCUUGAUCGCCCUGCGACAGGAAAUUUGGAGCGCUUUUCUGAACCAACGCACCUUUCGCCUACCCCUGUGUCCAACAAACGACUACACGGUCUUCGAUUUUGCGGGUGAUUUCACCUGGACGAACCGGAUUCUCGUCUGGUGCGCCGACCUCCUCAAAUUCUGCUUCGGGGAGGGAAAAUCAAUGUCUCCCCAACAACAGCUUGAGAGAUGGACUAUACUCAAGGCGUUUGAGCUGAAGUGGGAGACAAGCAAGCCAUUGGGGUUCAAACCUUUGUAUUCCAAGGAAGCCGAUCCCCCUAAUGGACAAUUCUUUCCUGUUAUCUGGCACAAUAACGCGUGUCAAGCGGUGGGGGCACAGCAUAUCGAGUUGUCUCGAAUUCUACUAGCUGUCUCUAAUCCAAAAUUGUCUCGACUUGGACCAGCCGCUCGUGCGGCGAACCUGGCAUUGGAGGAGGAGCUGAAAGAUAUCAUUCGUCGACUAUGUGGGAUUGCGCUCUCGAAUUCCAAUCCGGUAUUGAUGGUGGAUGCCGCAGUUGGCAUUUCCGUCUGCGGGGAAUAUUUCACUGAUUUUGCGGAGCAAGAUGCCAUUUUGAAGUUUUUGGCUGAUCUCGAAUAUCGCCAUGCAUGGCCAACGGCCGCCACUUCGGCAGUUUUGAAGGAGGCCUGGAACAAACGAUCACCCCUUUGA